AUGACAGCUUCUCCAGAAGUCGUUAAGAAAAUUGAAGAAGGUUACGCAAAACUUCAAGCUGCUCAAGACUGCAAAUCUCUUCUUAAAAAGCAUCUCACAAAGGCUGUUGUCGAUAAACUGAAGAGGAAGAAAACCCGUUUGGGAGCUACACUGCUCGAUGUGAUCCAGUCAGGUGUUGAAAACCUCGAUUCCGGAGUUGGAUUGUAUGCUCCCGAUGCCGAGUCUUACACAUUAUUCGCAGACCUAUUCAAUCCUGUCAUUGAGGAAUAUCACAACGGUUUCAAAGCCACCGACACACAACCACCAAUGGAUCUAGGAGAAAAGAACGUGAGUCACUCUCACUAA